AUGUUGAGGGUAAAGCAACAUAUGAGCUUGCGAAUCAUAGGGUGUCUGAAAACAUGCCCUCCAGCGCAAGCAAAAUGCCUCGGUGAUAACUUGUUUCGAGCUGCUGUUGACAGUUGUGAUGAAGACGCUGUGAUGUUCAUAUUGCGGGCCACUAAUAACUCUCCCAACGCCAUUGAUCCGAAUAAGCUCGUGUGUCAAGCAAUGUGCGAACGUAGACUGUUUACUCUUAUCGAGCUUGCAGCUAAGUCUCGCCACCUGGGAAUCGUCAAGAUCCUGCUCGCCGCAGCCGCAGACGUCAAUAAGACAAAUGUGGAAGAGUCUGGCAGACGGUAUGCAGAAUGCGGAGCGCUUGAGCUCGCAGUCCGUAAGUGGGGCGACUUUGAAGAGGCAGAGAUUGAUAUGGAGCUUGUGCGCACCCUUCUCAAUGCUGGCGCAGAAAUACGGACUGAACUCAUAGCGUCAGCUGUUCGAUGGGCCCAGGGGGAUUUGGUCGAGGAGUUGCUGUCACGACUGCCACCCACCCGCCAUUCAGAGCUUUUUUUUGAGAACAUCAUAUAA